AUGGCGUCCUUGUAUACAGUCGGGAAAUCAUGGGUUUUAGCAGUAACCAUAGUAUGCAUGUCUAUUUUCUGGUUCCACUUGUGCAAGGCUGAUGAAGAUUUUCCUGAAACAGGCAGUGUUGGUGAUGAUCCAGCUCAAAUUGUCGCCAAGGCAUUGCUAUGUUUCAAUGAUAAAUAUAUUUAUAGCAGCUGUGAAGAAUCUAACAGAUUGAGUGCAACUGGAAAUCUAGACGUCCCACCUGAAUACACCGACGAAUAUUGCAGUGGACCUUGCCUCUCAGAGACCCACCUUGUUCUCAACUGUAUAGAGAACAUCAUGAAAAACUUUGUGUUCUACAACAAGGCAACCAUUCACGAUAUCAGAGACACAAUUAAGGCUGGAUGUAGCUAUGGUCCUGAAAGAGGUAAUUUCGACGUUGAAGAGCACCUUGAAGCUGAGGAAAGCGGUUCAAACAAGGCAGGCACUAGCAUUUUGUUUGGGGUUGGGUCCAUUAUUAUAGGGCUCACCCCAUUCCUUUGA